GAUUCGAAGCCGGUCGUGUUAGGUGAAUGUCGCGGAUAUCGCACCGCGUACCGUGUCUAUCUCCUUUUUGUUCAUUUUCCUUUGUAUCCGCGUGUGUGCGUACGUGUGUGCCUUUUGUCCAUCGGAAGGGAAUUGUGUGUGCGCGCAAGGAAUACGUCGUUAGAAGCUAAAUGGCUUCUCAUCUGUGCGUCUUCGCUGUUUCACCACGACGGAUAUAAAAGAAAUAGCACGACAGUGUUUGCUCCGAUCUGUCGAGGUUACAUUUGUCAGUCCUCGGUGAUCUGUUGUCGCGAGUGAUCACAGUGUUAUCUGUUACGAGGGAAGUUGGCGCAGAAGGAACAGGGCGAACAUUUUUCUUUACGAUGCUGACUUCCAGCGCGAAUCAGUACCUCCGUCCGGAAUAUCUUACACCUCUGCCUACUACGUUGGAUGCGAAGAAAAGCCCGCUCGCCCUACUCGCUCAGACAUGCAGCCAAAUAGGAACCGACACGCCAUCCAAUAAAUCUCUGCUAGGCUCGUUGGACAAAGCAUCGGGCAACAAAUCUUCAAAGUCGGAACAGUCACGUGAGAAAUCGUCGCCCACGGUCGCUGCGUCGUCUUUGGAAUCCACCAAGACCAACUUUAAGCCGUACGAGUCGUGUCUGUCUCGAGAGAAGGCGUCCACACCGGACGAGCAGCGAUCAACUUCCAGCCACUCGACGUCCGGUCGGUCGAGGACACCCGGUAGCAGUAACAAACGAUGUCCUAGCAAUCAGAGUGUCUCGUCGGUUAGAGCCGUAACGCCACAGGGUCGAAAAACGGCGACGCCAAACGGCGACGUGUCUCGAGAGUCGCCCGCCUCGAGGACCUCCGUUUCGGCGAAUCUCUCUUCGAGUCAACUCGAAUCGUCGAACUCGACGUCUCAGCCAGCCGUUGUCAGCAGUCCGUCGUUACAAACAAAGCCCUCGUACAGUCCUGCCAGUGUUUUAGCCAUCACGGACCCGUCCAUCAAGGAUCUCCCGUUGGGUACUUUCAAGCCAGGCGUCAGCUUAGCCUCGUCGACCUCCGCUUAUCUAACAUACACACCGCAAUUGCCCAUCGACGUCAUGGCCAGCACUCUGGUCUCUCAACACCACGCCGCCUUAAAGAACGGAUUGAUAACCGGAAAUCCCUAUCUGAGUUACGCCAGGUUAAAAAGUUCCUCAGGUGCCGACACUCUCAUGCCCGUCUGCAGAGAUCCUUACUGUACCGGCUGUCAAUUGAACUCGCAUCUGUUCGCGAACGGUAAAUUAACGUCCAGCACGGCUACCACGCCAAGUUCCUGUCCUGCUGGCUGCGCCCAGUGCGAUCAUAAGCCUGCGACCGCUUACGGUGCGUUGGGUGCUGCCGCGUAUGCACACGCACAGCUGGCUGCUCUGGCGGCCGCGUCGCAGCUUCCGUACGUCUGCAAUUGGAUCGCCGGCGACACAGCCUAUUGCGGAAAGAGAUUUUCCACGUCCGAAGAGCUGUUACAGCAUCUGAGAAGUCACACGACAACCUCGUCCAGUGCUGCCACGGAUCCUUCAGCCGCCGCGUUGUCUCUGCUGUCGCCCUCCGUCGGAUUACCACCGAGCCAUCCAUUGUUUUCCAGGACUUACCCCACACCGCCGUUAAGUCCGUUAGCAACCGCGCGUUAUCACCCUUACGGGAAAUCAUCUACAUUAUUACCACCGUCCUUGUCAUCGUUGGGUCUACCGCUUCCACCGCCGCAUUCGCAUGCACCUGCAGGUUUACCGCCGUACUUCUCCCCGUACUCGUUGUACGGGGCUCCUCGUCUUGGCGCCGCAUCCGGUUUGAAUCUCUCUUCGAGUCAACUCGAAUCGUCGAACUCGACGUCUCAGCCAGCCGUUGUCAGCAGUCCGUCGUUACAAACAAAGCCCUCGUACAGUCCUGCCAGUGUUUUAGCCAUCACGGACCCGUCCAUCAAGGAUCUCCCGUUGGGUACUUUCAAGCCAGGCGUCAGCUUAGCCUCGUCGACCUCCGCUUAUCUAACAUACACACCGCAAUUGCCCAUCGACGUCAUGGCCAGCACUCUGGUCUCUCAACACCACGCCGCCUUAAAGAACGGAUUGAUAACCGGAAAUCCCUAUCUGAGUUACGCCAGGUUAAAAAGUUCCUCAGGUGCCGACACUCUCAUGCCCGUCUGCAGAGAUCCUUACUGUACCGGCUGUCAAUUGAACUCGCAUCUGUUCGCGAACGGUAAAUUAACGUCCAGCACGGCUACCACGCCAAGUUCCUGUCCUGCUGGCUGCGCCCAGUGCGAUCAUAAGCCUGCGACCGCUUACGGUGCGUUGGGUGCUGCCGCGUAUGCACACGCACAGCUGGCUGCUCUGGCGGCCGCGUCGCAGCUUCCGUACGUCUGCAAUUGGAUCGCCGGCGACACAGCCUAUUGCGGAAAGAGAUUUUCCACGUCCGAAGAGCUGUUACAGCAUCUGAGAAGUCACACGACAACCUCGUCCAGUGCUGCCACGGAUCCUUCAGCCGCCGCGUUGUCUCUGCUGUCGCCCUCCGUCGGAUUACCACCGAGCCAUCCAUUGUUUUCCAGGACUUACCCCACACCGCCGUUAAGUCCGUUAGCAACCGCGCGUUAUCACCCUUACGGGAAAUCAUCUACAUUAUUACCACCGUCCUUGUCAUCGUUGGGUCUACCGCUUCCACCGCCGCAUUCGCAUGCACCUGCAGGUUUACCGCCGUACUUCUCCCCGUACUCGUUGUACGGGGCUCCUCGUCUUGGCGCCGCAUCCGGUUUGCCCCAAUGACUCCUCUAAAACACCUAUCGACAAAUAUCAACCGUUUAACUGUGAUCCGUGUGCGAGGACAGGGAGGACGCAAGGAGGCUACAUAACCUCGCUAAACUGACCUCGUAAUCUUGUUAAAUGAACAAAUUGGUCGCUUAAUUCUUGGCGCGGUCGCGCCCGACACCUUCAUGCAAUUCUGUGCUGUGUGGUGCUCCGAUGUUUUACCUUCUUAUUUUGUUUUCCGAACGUACCGGUUAUUUAUUUAGCACGUGUCGAGUGUUUGGAGAAGGUUGUUGAAAGGAUUGCGAUCAUUAGUGUACCAAACGUUUAACUGUGAUUCUUGCGCGAGAUGAGCAAAUCUGAAAAUAACGCGUGCCUGAAAGAACCAUGUAAUGGCUGCUGCAUAGAGUUAUCAACCAUUGACACGCAUUUAGAACGGCUCGUUUGUAUCUUUGUAUAGCGACCAUUCGAUAAGGGAGUGCGAUCGAGAGAUCGGAAGUCACUUAGCUGGCGUUUAUUUAUCGAACGGUUAUGCGCAUUUUUCUCGCUGUUCUCCCCGUGGUUAUAGAAUCGGCGAAUAACUUUGGUCUUUCUAAGUUCUUGUUACUUUUAAAAAUAAAUAUUUGUUUACUGAUAUUAUGAUCGUAACGAUCAUUAUUUAACUAUAUAUUUUUUUUGUAUAGGAGAUUUUAAGGCUACCUUCAUUAUCAAAUAAACAACCUUCAUUAGUCCUUGAUGAACACCUCUAAUUUAAAAAAAAAUAAAAAAUAAAAAUGUAAGAAGAUAAAAAAGUGAAAACGUAAAAAAUUAAAAAAUUGA